GCAGUUGUGUUUCGCUCUGUUUCUCUCAGACUGCAGGGACACACAUCAGCACUGCGAAGACUGGGCCAGGCGGGGGGAAUGUACCAAAAACCCGAACUACAUGCACGUCAGGUGCCGGCCCAGCUGUGGACUGUGCACCACCGGCGGGGGUGGUGGUGGAGGAGGGACCGGCGGUACGGGGAGUGAGGGUGGUGAUGGAGACAGUGGCGAGGAGACUGAGAUGGAGGAAGAAGACACUGAUGAAGAAGAAGAGGAGGAGAUGGAAGAAGAAUGUGGGAUGCAGUACCUCACCGUGUCGCCAGGCAUCGCUCGUAUCGUUGGCGGAAAGGUGGCCGUACCGGGCGCGUGGCCGUGGAUGGCGUUCUUACACAGGAAGGGUUACGGGCACCUGUGCGGUGGGACCCUCAUCUCGUCACGAUGGGUGCUCACGGCGGCUCACUGUCUGACAGGGAGGACCGCUGAUGAGAUCGAGGUGUACCUUGGAAAACAUCACGAGGAUAAGAGAGACCCGAUGGAGCAGAGGUUCUCAGCGAAGAAGAUCAUCCUCCACGAGGAGUUCAAUCUCCCAUCUUAUAGGAAUGACGUGGCCCUCAUCAAGCUGCCUCGGCGCGCCAUGUUGAACGAGAUCGCGAACCUGGCGUGUCUGCCGGACGGGAACAUGGCUGCCAGCAGACAGGACGGCUCCUGUGUCACUACCGGCUGGGGAGACACCUUAGGUACCGGCGGUGAGGGCGUGCUGAAACAGCUGUUCCUGCCGCUCAUCCCCACACAGAAAUGUAACAGCACCAACUUCUACAACGGGAGGAUCCAUACCAGCAUGCUCUGCGCUGGCUUCGAGAAAGGUGGCCAGGACUCCUGUAGGGGCGACUCUGGCGGUCCCCUGGUGUGUUCCAUGGACGGCCGCUGGUACCUGAUGGGCGUCACGUCCUGGGGGAGGGGCUGUGCGCUGCCCAUGCGCCCGGGGGUCUACGCAAGGGUCUCGGAGUUCACCGACUGGAUCGAGGAGAAGAUGCUGAACAACUGAUUCUUCUCUUCUACUGUUCACAACUGCCUGAAUCAAAUGCCUUUUACUUUCACGUGUAGCUUUUUCUUUACUUUGCACACCUUUUCACAACACUGUUGUGUUUCAGUUUGAAAAUUGUGGCCAGUCUGACUAGAACAUAGUUUGAAUAAUACACGUACUUUAUGAUAACGUUAACUCAGAAUGUGAUAGGAAAUUUCUAUCUUAUCGUUCGUUGAAGUUUUUAAACGUGGUCGACAGCACCCCAUAGACAUGGUAGGUCUAUCGUCAUGAGAGAAUUGUUCACAAAGAGAACUGUUCACAAAGAACGAAGUCUAAAGCACCCGUUGUUUAUUAGCUAUAACUGUAGCUUUAUAGCGAUGUGAUAAACGUAGGCUAAUGAUGGGAUCUUAUUCUGCUCAAAGAUUGUCAUUCAAGAAAAAUGACUUCAAGAUUCAGCAUGUUUAAUAAUAAUGACGUAUUCCUCUAUAAGUUCUGUGUCUAUGCCGUCUUUAGUUGUCCUUGUCUGAUGAUUUAGUAUUUAUGCAAUAUCUAUACGUAUACCGUCUCGUAUUUUUUCCUUUUAAAGAUAGCAAUGUUUUCUACCGCAAAAUAGACCAG